AUGGUUUCUAGCACGAGGCAUUCGUCCCCGAAGGUUAGAUCUAGUCAUGCUGCGCGCAAAACAAAGCGAUUUCGAUGCGAGCAGUGUGAUCGGCACUUUGCUCGACUAGAAUAUCAACAACGACAUGAGAGGACCCAUACACACGAAAAGCCUUUCAGUUGCUCUCAAUGGGAGCGUGACUUUUCAAGAACUGACCUGCUAGUCCGCCAUGAGAGACUCAGUCACUCAGGAUCUGGAAAGCAGAACGAGAAAAGAGGUGCGCGCCGAUCAAAACGGCCACGACGCUCAAUGCAUACUCAAAACGGGAUACAGAAUGGCAAAUACCUAAAUGCUGGGAUUUAUGAGCCACAAUCCUUGGUUGGUAUUGGUGUCUCUGCGGAGGAAACUGGCGCUCAAUAUUUUCAACCGGUUUACGUGGGCUCAAGUGAGGCCACCGGAAUCAGUUUGGAAGAAGUUAACGAUUUAUCCGAACACUUGAACCAAGACGGUUUCCCCGAACAGCAGUUGAACAAUUCCAACGAUCUCUCUCCUAAUUUCUCUACUCAAUUCCAGGCACAAUUAACAGAAACUUUGUUCAGUGAUCCAUUUCAAGACUUGGCAGCAUUCAUGGAUAACCAUACCCCAUUAGCAGAUGAUUUUACUUCAUUCAUCUCACCAACACAGAGACUCGAUUCUCCUCUGCCAGAUCACUAUAACGACACUGGAUGUAUAACCCCGGCCCUGGGGGCAGAUUUAGGAACAACUUGGGUCACGGUUGCCGUCCUUACAGCCAGAAGACGAUAUACCAUGAGCUCUCCAAAUAGCCCGCGCAGCCAACUUACUCGCAACGUUCUUAUUGCCAGGCUGGAACAAUUUGUUGUAGUAGUGCCCGAAUCAUUUCAAAUGCCAUCCAGGCUAGCCAUGUGUCAUUACUUGACAGACUAUCUCAAGGGGUUUCACGAGCACAUGCCUUUUCUGCAAAUUCCCACUAUCUCAUCGGAGGAAUGUUGUAUUGAACUUGUACUGGCCAUCGCCUCAAUCGGGGCACAGUGUUGCUUCGAGCCCGAAAGAACAGUCCAAUUAUUCCAAGCAAGCCACCUUAUUUCAAGAGAGCGCACCAGGAGACAUGAUGCGUUAUCAGUGUAUCAUACAUCUCAUUCAGAUAAUGAUAGGCUGUCCAGAGAGCCCUCCUCUGACAACAAUCAAUCAGUACAAUAA